AUGACACGCAUAUUUCAAGCAAACUUGAACAGGUGCGUGCUAGCGCAAAACCUGCUCAACCAACGUGUCUACGAGGACAAAAUUGACAUCUGUAUUAUCAGUGAACAACUUUCAAAUCCUCAAGACAAAACAUGGUUCUCUGAUAAAACGAACACCGCAGCAUUAUGGGUUACAAACCCGAGCAGAAUAACGAUUCUCAGCAGUGGAUGCAGAGAAGGUUACGUCUGGAUAAAAACUCCCAUGACGUACUUCGUGAGUGUCUUCCUGUCACCAAAUGAAGGGAUCAGCGUGUUCCGCCGAAAACUGGCAAACAUCGAAGACACCCUUGGCGAUUUUGAUGGAGAAGUCAUCGUUGCCGGUGACUUCAACGCCAAAUCUUCUGAAUGGGGGGCUACGUUCUCAGACGCCAGAGGAAACGACGUCGCUGACUUUGCAGCUAGACUCGAUCUCAUAGUAAUGAACACUGGAAACACAUCAACCUUCAGGAGACCAGGUUAUCAACAGUAUGUUCUUGAUAUCUCCUUGGGAACCCCAAAAAUCGCCAGCAAGAUCGUGGAUUGGUCUGUCUCUGAAGAAUUUAGUGGCAGCGACCACCAGCAUAUAACAUUCAGUGUUAGAGUGGCUCCAAUUGUAACAAUCAAUCAAGGCACUAGAAAACGAAGGUGGAAUCCCAGAAAGCUUGACUCAGAAGCUCUCCGAAAAUCCCUCUCUCGAAGCUGGGCAUCCCUCGAAUCUAUUUCGACUCCUAGCAAUAAAAGCGAGGCGGAGAAAUUGGUCCAGAACACGAUGAAAGCUAUCGCUAACUCCUACGAUGCCUCUAUGCUACGGUCGAGAAAUCGUGAAUCACGCAGACCGGCCUACUGGUGGAGCUAUUUCCUAAACACCCUCCACGAGAUAAAAGGCAUUUUAAAACCAAUGAUGAGGUUACCGUUUUUACGUUCAAAGAGCUGCAAGACGCAGCAAAGUCCCUCAAGGCUAGCAAAGCACCUGGUCCUGACGGCAUACCAGCGUCGGUGA